CUUCCCCUUCCUUUUGUUUCCUCUCCCUCAGAUUCCGCGCACAAAGGGAAAUUCAAUCAACAACCCAACCAUCUCAAAUGGCCUCUGCAACUGGGGACCAGCACCACCACCCGACCAACGUCUGUCGUUUCAUUCAAUCCGCCACUUCCAAUCUCUCCUCUCUCCUCACCCCCAGAAUGGCACAGUCUCCGACACCCACCUCCUCCGUUCCACAGUCGAAGGUCUGCGUCUCGCCUCCACAAAUUAUCUCUCUACCCACCUCUUCCUCCUUUGAUUCGACCCAGAACGACUCGUUGUCUUCGAGACCGUCGUCUUCUGCACUCAAGGGCAUGUCGUCGGAGUCCAGUUCUGGGUUUCCAUCGACGGUGAGAAUUUCGAGUUUGAAUACGAACGGGAAGGGCGGUGGACCGGCCUUUGUUGGACAAGUCUUCAGUAUGUGUGAUCUUUCGGGGACAGGUCUCAUGGCAGUCUCCACCCACUUCGACAUACCCUUUAUUUCCAAAAGAACGCCUGAGUGGGUUAAGAAGAUUUUUUCAGCAGUAACCAAGAGCGAGAGAAAUGGCCCUGUGUUCCGCUUUUUCAUGGAUCUAGGUGAUGCAGUUUCUUAUGUUAAACGGCUCAAUAUUCCAAGUGGUGUGGUUGGUGCUUGUCGUCUUGAUUUAGCAUAUGAACAUUUCAAGGAAAAACCUCACUUGUUCCAGUUCGUUCCAAAUGAGAAACAGGUCAAGGAAGCCAACAAACUUCUUAAGAUAAUGCCACAGAAUGGUGGAAGGAAAAAGGUUGAAGGUGUUCCUGUUUUCAGUGCUCAGAACCUAGAUAUUGCUAUAGCAACAACAGACGGGAUUAAGUGGUAUACUCCGUACUUCUUCGAUAAAAACAUGUUAGACAACAUUCUUGAAGAAUCUGUUGAUCAGCAUUUCCAUACAUUAAUUCAGACUCGGCACUUGCAACGGCGACGGGAUGUUAUUGAUGACAACCUGACAACAGAAGUGGUUGAAGAGAAUGUUGAGAGUGUAUGGGAGCCCCCCGAGGUACAGGAAGUGCUGGACGAAAUGGGCAAUCCUGGAAUACCUUUGAGCGUCAUAUCAAAAGUUGCUGAAAUUCAGCUCCUUUAUACCGUUGACAAAGUGCUCCUUGGUAACAGGUGGUUGAGAAAAGCUACUGGAAUUCAACCCAAAUUUCCUUAUUUAGUCGAUUCAUUUGAAGAAAGGAGUGCAGCUUCCCUUAUGAAAGCAUCCGUAUCAUCCAACUUCAUUGCAAACUCUGAAGCAGAAAGUAAUAGUAAGCACCUCCAGUAUCCUGGCACUUCCGAGGUCAAUUCAAACAAUAAUGUUCAACCCGAGGAAGGACAGAAACAGGAUUUCCGAUUCCCCUUUGGAGAUUGGGCUACUAAUCCGUGGUUGAAACAAGAGCAAAAACUCCAGAAUCAAUCAGAUAAAAGAAUGAAAGGUACAACCAGAAAAUAUAUAAAACAAGAAGUACCGCCAAGCCCUUUUCUCCCGAAGAUCACAAUGGUUGGGAUCUCAACCGGGGAGGCGGGGCAGAUGAGCAAAGCCAGUUUGAAGAAGACGAUGGAGGAUCUGACGAAAGAAUUGGAACAAACGGAUCAAGGAAAUACUGAUGGCGGUAGUUAUAAUGAAUUCGAUUACGAAGAUAGGGAUCCACUCUUUGUGGCAAAUGUGGGUGAAUACUAUUCCAAUGUGGCAAAAGCAAAUUCAGCUCGGUGGGUUCGUGCCAAAUAGAAUGUCUUUUGUAGGAGCUAGUUCUUUACAUUUAUUUGUGGACAAUAGAGAGAAGAUGUAAAUUAGCAUGUUAACAACAAAAAACAAAAUAAAUAAAGGAAAAAAAAAAAUGCUUGGUUUUACUGGUA